AUGGUGCCUAUCAUAGUGGAUUACUGCCUUCUGCUGCAGCGAAAGGAUCUUUUAUUUAGCCAGAUGUAUGACAAAUUAAAUGAGAAUUCAGUGGCCAAAGGAGUGUUUUUGGAGUGCCUUGAGCCUUAUAUUUUAAGUGAUAAAUUGGUGGGGAUAACACCCCAGGUAAUGAAAGACUUGAUUGUUCAUUUCCAAGAUAAAAAGUUAAUGGAAAAUGUGGAAGCCCUCAUUGUACAUAUGGAUAUCACCAGCCUAGAUAUUCAGCAGGUAGUUCUCAUGUGCUGGGAGAAUCACCUAUAUGAUGCUAUGAUCUAUGUCUACAACAGAGGCAUGAAUGAAUUUAUUAGUCCAAUGGAGAAACUUUUCAGAGUCAUUGCUCAUCCUCUAAGUGCAGGAAAACCGCUAACAGAUGAGCAAGUUAUUAUGGGCAACAAGCUUCUUGUAUAUAUUAGCUGUUGUCUAGCAGGUCGUGCCUAUCCUCUUGGUGACAUACCUGAAGAUCUCGUUCCCUUGGUUAAAAAUCAGGUUUUUGAAUUUCUGAUUCGCCUACAUUCAGCAGAAGCUUCCUCUGAGGAAGAAAUCUAUCCUUAUGUUCGGACUUUGCUACAUUUUGACACAAGAGAAUUUCUAAAUGUAUUGGCACUGACUUUUGAAGAUUUCAAAAAUGACAAGCAAGCUGUGGAAUAUCAACAGCGAAUUGUGGAUAUUUUGUUGAAAGUUAUGGUAGAGAAUUCAGAUUUUACUCCCUCGCAAGUAGGGUGUCUUUUUACGUUCCUUGCUCGGCAGCUUGCAAAGCCUGACAAUACCUUGUUUGUAAACAGAACACUUUUUGAUCAGGUCCUUGAAUUCCUCUGUAGUCCUGAUGAUGACUCUCGACACUCUGAAAGACAGCAGGUCCUUUUAGAAUUGCUACAGGCUGGAGGCAUAGUUCAAUUUGAAGAGAGUCGGCUCAUCCGUAUGGCAGAAAAAGCUGAAUUCUAUCAAAUUUGUGAAUUUAUGUAUGAACGAGAACACCAAUAUGACAAAAUUAUUGAUUGCUACUUACGUGACCCACUGAGAGAGGAGGACGUUUUUAAUUAUAUUCACAAUAUCUUAUCCAUUCCUGGACACAGUGCAGAGGAGAAGCAGUCUGUAUGGCAGAAAGCAAUGGAUCAUAUUGAGGAACUUGUGUCCCUGAAGCCCUGUAAAGCUGCAGAGCUGGUUGCUAUGCACUUUUCUGGACAGAUUGAAACAGUCAUUAAAAAGCUUGAGAACCAGGUUUUGCUUUUCAAGUUUUUGAGGAGUCUUCUUGACCCAAGGGAAGGUAUUCAUGUAAAUCAAGAAUUGCUGCAAAUAUCUCCCUGUAUUACAGAGCAGUUCAUUGAGCUGUUGUGUCAGUUCAACCCAAACCAAGUUAUAGAGACACUGCAAGUCCUUGAGUGCUACCGCCUAGAAGAAACUAUUCAGAUUACUCAAAAGUAUCAGCUUCAUGAAGUUACUGCUUACCUGUUGGAAAAGAAAGGAGAUAUUCACGGUGCCUUCUUAAUAAUGCUGCAGAGAUUACAAAGCAAACUUCAAGAGAUAACACGUCAAGGUGAAAAUACCAAAGAGGAUCCCUCAUUAAAGGAUAUUGAAGAUACCAUGGUAGAAACAAUUGCUCUUUGCCAGAGAAAUUCACAUAAUUUGAACCAGCAGCAACGAGAG